UGUUCACAACAACCAAAAGCGAAUACUGUCGAGCUUGAGAAAACAUACUGCAUUUCACGUUUACGAAACGAUCAAUAAUUUACCUACCACUGCCAAUACACUGAGUUCUGGUGCACUACCAUCUGAAGCUAAGGAGACACACCGACUGAAAACAGAGUACCAGAGAUACAAUGAAGCACACCCAAUGAUGGAGUCUCAGAGGAAGAACUCUGGAGAGGACAGUCCUGGGGAAAGAGGAUUGCUCCACUUGUGGAAGGGCUACUCCUGCAGUCUCACCCCAGACAGGGUUCUCCUUCCCCGGCCAGUCCUGCAGGUAGCCCUGGGAACCAGCCAUGGAGUUAUGCUCGUGGAAGGGGGGCAGGUGUACAGUUUUGGGGCAUUGCCGUGGAAACAGACGCAGGUGUCGGAGCCUCUGGAGCCCGUUCUUGAGAGCACGCUCAGCGGCCAGCGCGUCGUCUCCGUGGCGGCGGGCGGGCGCCACAGCGGGGCGGUGACGGAGGACGGAGGAGUGCACAUGUGGGGGGAGAACUCCGCGGGCCAGUGUGGGGUGCCAGGGGUCAGCGUAGUCCCCAACCCCACCCCCGUGGGCGUGCUGGACCCAGACACCUGCCCCCCUCACAGCGUCCGCGUCCUGGAGCUGGCGUGUGGGGAGCAGCACUCCCUGGCUCUCUCCGCCCAGCACGAGGUGUGGGCCUGGGGCAGCGGCUCCCAGCUGGGCCUGCUCACCACCGCGUUCCCCGUGUGGAAGCCCCAGAGGGUGGAGCAUCUGGCGGGGAGGCACGUGCUGCAGGUGGCCUGUGGAGCGACGCACAGCCUGGCCCUCGUGCGCUGCCUGGGCCCCCUGGAUCUUCGCAGGCCCUUCCCGGACAAGUGCGGACAGUGCAACCAGCAGCUCUACACCAUGACUGACAAGGAGGACCAUGUGAUCAUCUCAGACAGCCACUACUGCCCCCUGGGAGUGGAGCUGGGGGAGGGGGAGGCCAGGCCGAGCCUUGGGGGAGGCUCCAAGGCACCGUGUCUCCUUAGUUCUCCGUCAGAACCCCUCCUCUCCUCCCUCAGCCCGGCCUCGGCCUCGGCACCCCCGGCCUCUCCUGCUGGGCCCCCAGAACCUUCCUCCAAAGACCCAGGACUCACCCACCCAGAGCUUGUCCUCCCUCCACCGCACCCUGCAAAACCACAACCCCCACCGCCCUGCUCCACAGCCUCAGGUUACUCCCACCCCCAAGUCCCCCAGGGGAGGGAAACAGGCAACCCCCAGAGAGACCCCCAGCCCUCCCCUGCCCCCUCGUCGGCCUAUGUGGACGGCGGUCAGGCCGCUGGGGGUGGAGGUGGGGGGGCGGGGGCCAAGAGCUCCCCUUACCCAGACGAGAAGGAGGUGAAGGACUACCUGAAGAGGCUCUCAGAGCAGACUCUGGCCGAGCAGACCGCCAAGACCCUCGCUGGAGCGCCCGCUCUGCAGCCCGUCCCGGACCCCAGCCCUCCGGAGCCAGACCCAGGCAGCCACCCGCCCAGCACAGCCGGCUCCACCCUCAACAGCCUGGUGGUGUCCUGCGCCUCGGCCGUGGGCGAGCGCGUGGCCUCCACCUACGAGGCCCUCUCCCUGAAGAAGAUGAUGAACUACUACUACCCCUCGGUGGGUGGCGGCGGGGGGCCCGGGGGGGCCCCUGGGGGGGCCGGGGGCCCUGGGGAGGGGGGUCUGGACAGGGUGCUCCUGGAAGAGACCAUGCAGGGGAAGAAGAGCUCCAGUUUGGGGGACAUCCGCGAGGAGGAAGCGGGGGGGCUGAGGAGACGUCUCUCUCUGCCCGGACUCCUCUCUCAGGGUAGAUACGCUGUUCACCUCUUAUCCUCCUAUACUAGUCUGUUGUCUCCCAGGCUGCUGCGUAAAUCCAGCCGGCCCAGACUGCAGGCCACGCCCCUCACGCCUGUGGGCGGAGUCCCGGAGGCUCGGGAGCUCCUCCCCUCUCUGCACACGGAGGUGUGGAGCUGGGGGCGGGGCGACCAGGGCCAGCUGGGCCAUGGCGACACUCUACCCCGGCUGCAGCCUGUGUGCAUCAAGAGCCUGAGCAGUAAGGAGGUGGUCCGGGUGGUUUCAGGGGCCCACCACUCAGUGGCUCUCACUGCCCAGUCCCAGGUGUUUACCUGGGGCAGCAACAGUUCAGGACAGCUGGGACACAUGGAGUCUCCCAGCACCAUCCCCCGGCUGGCUAAGCUGUCAGAGGGGAUCCGUGUGUGGGACGUGGGGGCUGGGGAGCAGCACACCGUGCUCCUGGCUGAUGGGGACUGCUGCCAGCCCAUCCUGUACUACAGCGGCCUGCAGGUGAGGGAGGGCCCCGCCCCCCAGGACCUGCCGGGGGCGUACACACAGCAGCCCGUACUGCUGCCCUUCUGCAUGAACCUGGGCUACGUGAGCGGGGUGUGUGCGGGCGGCCAGACCUGCGUGGCGCUUGCUGACCAUAACGUCAUGGGCUUCAUCGCCAGCUUCCACGAGCUGGCCGCCGCCGAGAGGAAGCUCUACUGCAAGCUGAGCAGCAUCAAGGGCCAGAUACUGCGCCCCCUGCUGGACCUGGAGUCCCUGGGCUCGGCUCUGGGCCCGUGUGCAGGCCUGUUCCAGAUGGUGGUGGCUCGCUUCAGCCACCUGUGUCACCUGAGCGGCCAGCACGCCGCCGCGCUGACCUCCACGCUGCGGCGGGGCCGCGAGGUCAGGGGCCUGGUCCUCCUGGACAACAGCAGCAUCUUCCUGGACUCCUACAGAGAGUACUGCUGCUCUGUGGGGAACCUGCAGGUCAUGGGGGGUUUCCAAACCCUGGCCAAGCCCUGCCUGGAUGUGUUUGGGAAGAGCCCCGAGGUGCUGCAGCGCCUGGCUGAGUCCAGCGAUGAGGGCGCUUCCCCCUCCGACCUGCUGGCGGCGCUGUUCCACCUGCCUCUGCUGCACCUGCAGCAGUACGCCCGCCUGCUCCUCAAGCUGGCCGGCUGCUUUGAAGCGACUUCUGAGGACCACCAGCAGCUCCAGGAAGGCUGCUCCAGGUUCGAGGUGCUGGCUCUUCACCUGAAGAGGAAGAGGAAGGAGGCAGAGUACACCUGCCACUUCUGGAAGAGCUUCCCUGGCAAGAUGACUGAUUCCCUGCGGAAGCCGCACCGCAGGCUGAUCUGUGAGAGCAGCAACAAGGCUCUGACGCUGCAGAACGCCGGAAGGUUCUCGGUCAACUGGUUCAUCCUCUUCAAUGACGCCCUCGUCCACGCUCAGGGCGUGGUGCCUUAUAAAAGCCUCUUCUCCACCCACCACGUCUUCCCAUUGGCCACUCUGUGGGUUGAGCCUAUCCCGGAAGAGAACACUGGCCAGUACGGGCUCAAGGUGAUAUCUCCUGAAGAGACGUUUGUGCUGCUGGCCUGUUCUUCAAUGGAGAAGACCAAGUGGCUCCGCUCCAUCAAACAGGCAGUGGACCUGGCUCUGAGCGGGUCGGGGCAGGAGGCGGGGGCAGCGGCCUCGGGGGCGGGGCAAAGGGCGGAGCCUCCCAUCUCCCGGACCGCCUCCUACACCUUCUACAAGGACAGCCGUCUGAAGGAGGCCACCUACGAGGGGCGCUGGCUGGCCGGCAAGCCCAACGGGAGGGGUGUGGUGAAGUGGUCUGAUGGGAGAAUCUACACGGGGACCUUUAAGAAUGGACUGGAGGAUGGGUAUGGAGACUACGUGGUGCCCAACAAGGCUCUGAACAAGAGUGACCACUACCAGGGUCACUGGAAGGAGGGGAAGAUGCACGGCCAGGGGUCAUACAGGUACGCCACAGGGGAGGUGUACGAGGGCUCGUUCCAGGACAACAUGCGUCACGGCCACGGCAUGCUGCGCAGCGGCACCCUCAACUCCUGCUGCCCCAGCGUCUUCAUCGGCCACUGGCUGCAGGACAGGAAGUGUGGCUACGGCGUGCUGGAUGACAUCACCAGGGGGGAGAAGCACAUGGGCAUGUGGCAGGACGACCAGCGGCAGGGCACAGGCGUCAUCGUCACCCAGUUUGGCCUCUACUACGAAGGAGCCUUCUGCAACAACAAGAUGAUGGGUACUGGGGUGCUGCUGUCUGAAGAUGAUACUUCUUAUGAAGGGGAAUUUUCAGAGGACUGGACUCUCAAUGGGAAGGGGUUGCUCACCAUGCCUAAUGGAGACCUGUUUGAAGGCUCCUUCUCUGGGGAGUGGGGCUCGGGGUUAAAGGUCACAGGCUCCUACUUCAAACCCAACCUCUACGACACAGACAAGGACAAGACUCACUCUGUUAAGCUGGGCCGCCUGGUGGUGUGUGCGGAGGACAAGUGGAGGGCUGUGUUUGAGGAGUGCUGGAGCCAGCUGGGCUGUGAGGCCCCGGGGCAGGGGGAGCACAGCCAGGCCUGGGACCGCAUCGCUGUGGCCCUCACCUCCAGCAGGAGGCAGCACCGAGACAGCCCGGAGCUGGGACUGAGCCGCACUCACAGUAAGACCUUGGAGAGUCUGGAGUUUAUCCCACAGCAAACUGGCCCUGUUACCAUGGAGACGUACGACAGUAUCCGCCAUUACCUCAUCAAGGCGUGUGAUACCCCCCUGCACCCCCUGGGGCGUCUGCUGGAGGCGCUGGUGGCCGUCUACAGGAUGACCUACGUGGGCGUGGGCGCCAACCGCAGGCUCCUCCCCCAGGCCGUCAGCGAGGUCAUGUCCUACCUGGCACGCAUCUUCCAGCUGGUCAGGUUCCUGUUCCCUGAUCUACCAGAAGAGGGCGGUCUCAUCCCAGAACCCUCCAGCCUGGACACGAAGGAGACUUCUUCCACCAGCAGCCAGCUAGAGUCCCCCAAACCUGGGCGUGUGGUGAGCAGCUCGGCCCUGCUGCUGCCCGUGCUGCUGCCUCGUCUCUACCCCCCUCUGUUCACGCUGUACGCCCUGGAGAAGGAGCGCGAGGACGACGCCUACUGGGACUGUGUCAUCAGGCUUAACAAGCAGCCUGACCUGGCCCUGCUGGCCUUCCUGGGAGUGCAGCAGAAGUUCUGGCCCGUGUCCUUCUCCUCCUCAGACCCAGUGUUGGGAGACAAGCAGCAGGUUCUCUCCACUACUAAGGACUCCUGCUUUGCGUCUGCAGUAGAGACCUUGCAGCAGAUCAGCACCACCUUCACCCCAUCAGACAAGCUGCAGGUCAUCCAAAUGACCUUCGAGGACAUCACACAGGAAGUGCUGUCCCUGCUGAAGGAGGACUUCCUGUGGUCCAUGGAUGACCUGUUUCCCGUCUUCCUGUAUGUGGUCCUGCGAGCGCGAAUCAGGAACCUGGGGUCGGAGGUCAGUCUGAUUGAAGACCUGAUGGAUCCCUGUGUCCAGCACGGAGAGCAUGGGAUCAUGUUUACUACACUCAAGGCGUGCUACUAUCAGAUCCAGCAUGAGAAGAUCUCCUAAGCUCGUGUCCCGCUCCACCACCCCCCCCUCCCCCAGACAGACGGAGAGCUCCGCUCCACACCCCCGGCUUUCAGCAUGAGGCGGCAGGGCCCGACGACCCGGGCGGCCCCGGGCCCGGGAUUGGAGGGGUGACGUGUCAGGGCAGGCAAAGGAGGAUCACCGUGAAGGGGACUGCUUACUGCCCAUCUGCUGUGCUGGGGCCCAGUCACCCCCCCCCCCCCCCCACACACACACACACACUAACCUCCACUCACAUACAGAUACACACCACUCACAUACACAACUGAGCUUACUGUAUUGGCCAUUGUUGAAGCGUGAGAAUCAGUAUUCAAGCUCGGAUCAGUUUCCCCUCAGUAUUAUAACACACAGCUGAGUGUGUUUGUGAGUCUGUGUGUUUGUAUGUGCCAUGGAACUAAAGACGAUCCACUGUGAA